AUGAGAAAAAGAUGUAUAUUAACUUUGUUUCCCCUAACAAUCAUGAAUAUCUGGCAGGUUUUUGCCAAAGGUGUUGGCAAGGAUUUGGUUGUACUUAUGGCUGCAAGAGCAUCAAGGAUGGAGAACCAAGAUGCAAUUGAUUGCGCAAUCGUUUCAAUGUUGGCAGACCCAAAGGAGGCACGAGCUGGAAUAAAAGAAGUUCAUUUCCUUCCGUUUAAUCCAACUGAUAAAAGAACUGCCCUUACAUACAUUGAUGGUGCUGGUAAUAUGCACAGGGUUAGCAAAGGUGCACCAGAGCAGAUUCUCAAUCUUGCACAAAACAAGGCAGAAAUCGAACGGAAGGUUCAUGCGAUGAUUGACAAGUUUGCAGAACGUGGACUUCGUUCUCUUGGGAUUGCAAGACAGGAAGUACCGGAGGGAAGUAAGGAAAGUGCAGGAGGACCAUGGGAGUUUGUUGCUCUUCUCCCUCUUUUUGACCCUCCGAGACAUGAUAGCGCAGAAACAAUCAGAAGAGCUCUUGAUCUUGGCGUUAGUGUCAAAAUGAUCACUGGUGAUCAACUCGCAAUAGGUAAGGAAACGGGAAGGCGUCUAGGGAUGGGGACUAACAUGUAUCCUUCUUCAUCACUGCUCGGUGAAAAUAAAGAUCAAUUAGGUGCUGUUUCCAUUGAUGAUCUCAUUGAGAAAGCUGACGGUUUUGCUGAUCGUGGAUAUUUUGUCUUCAGUUAA